CCAGGUCGUCUUCCUCGCGAGCGAACCCUCCCUGCGACGGCACUGGACCAGCGAUCCCGGCGGCGCGCUCAGAUUUUUGCAGGAAUCAAGCUGCUGAAGUAAGCCGGGUUGUAUGGGCGCCGAGGCAGGCAAUGGGAAGGAGGAGGCCAAGAAGAAAGUUCCUGAGGGCACUGGUCUGCCCCUCCCAGGCGGCUCCAGCGGUAGCGUGCGCAGCGCCGGCAGCGACUCGCAGCUAAGGCAGAUGCUCGACUCCCUCAAAUCCUCCAAGUCCCCCGCUGUGAUCAACUAUGGUGCUUCAUGGUGCCGUGUUUGCAGUCAGAUUCUACCACAUUUCUGCAGGUUCAGCAAUGAAUUCAAGAAUCUGACUUUCAUCUAUGCGCAUGUUGAUGAAUGCCCAGAGACAACUCAGAACAUACGAUACACUCCUUCCUUCCAUUUUUACCGGGAUGGAGAAAAGGUGGAUGAGAUGAUUGGUGCAGGAGAAGAGAGGCUGCAUGAUCGGUUGUGGUUGCAUUCAUGAUAGUCAGGCUUGGACUUGCAACCUUCAGGGACGCUGUCCUCAUGUACUGUUUAUUAAUGCAGAACAUUUUCUAUUUUCCAGUCAAUCUUGAAUCAAUCGUGUUUUGCCAAGUCUUGUUUGAUACUGAAACUGGAAAGCAAGGAUAAUGUUAAGCUGCUCAACGUUCUUGCUAA